AUGUUUGUGGCCGUGCUGACGGCCAGCCUGGGCCGGGCACAGAUCGAUUGGGCGGAAGACGACGACGAUCCAGAUCGGGCGGCUGCUGAGUCACUUUUACUGUUACGACUAUUAUUAUUGUUAUUAUUAUCAUUAUUGGAUGGAGCGCAAUAAAGAAAAGAUCCAGUGUCGACGGUCACGGUGGAGGCGGUACUCGGGCGGACGGCCAGCCUGCCGUGCGACAUCGAGCCGGAGGAGACGAACGACCGGGUCUACAUGGUGCUGUGGUUUCGCGAGAGCGCCGGCAAGCCUCUGUACAGCUAUGACGUCCGGGGGAGACAGUUCGCGAAGGCCCUCUACUGGUCGGAAACGAGCGCCUUCGGACCGCGGGCCUUCUUCAUGACGGUCGCCAAACCGGCGGCCCUCACCGUUGACAACAUACAGCUCGACGACGAGGGGGUCUACCGCUGCCGAGUGGACUUCCAGAACUCGCCGACAAGAAAUCAUCGCAUCAACCUAACCGUAACAGUGCCGCCCCAUCAGAUCCUGGUGUACGACGCUUCCGGUCUGGACGUGACCGGCGCGAUAGGACCGCUGCAGGAAGACGACAACCUGGUGCUCACCUGCGAAGUUCGCGGAGGACGUCCGGAGCCGACGGUCACCUGGCUGAACGGGAACGAGAUCAUGCAGACGGGCGGCGGCGUUUCGAUGGGCCGUCAUGUUACCGUUAAUCGGUUGGAGAUUUCCAAAAUGACACGGGCGGCCCUCAACAACACGUACAAAUGUCAGGCCUCGAACACCAAGCUGGUACCGCCGGCGGAGCGCAGCAUCCGCGUGGAUAUGCUGUUGAAACCGCUGUCGGCCGCGCUAUCGUCGAAACCGAAGCAGCUGGUCUCGGAGCAGGAGUACGUGGUGGCGUGCAACGUCGAGGGAUCGGUCCCCGAAACGGACAUCAAGUGGAUGCAGAACAAUCGUCCCUUCACGAAGGGAAAGAUAAAGGUCAUCAACAACAGCUCGGUGGUGACGUCGGUGCUGAGCUUCCGGCCACACCCCGACGACGACGGCACCAUCCUGAAGUGCGAAGGCUCCAAUCCACGGCUCCAGAACUCCGCCCUGGAGGACUCGGUCAUUAUGAAUAUCCUGUAUCCACCGCAAGUGAAGCUGUCGCUCGGCUCAACGCUUAAUCCCGCCGACAUCAAAGAAGGCGACGACGUCUACUUCGAGUGUCACAUUAAGGCAAAUCCAAGGGAGCAUCGCAUUACAUGGUCACACGAUGGCUUCCCGGUGACGCAGAACCUUACCUCGGGCGUCAUUAUCUCGACGCGUUCGCUGGUGCUGCAGCGGGUUGGUCGGUUCCACUCCGGAAGCUACGCCUGUGCCGCCGCCAACGACCGGGGCGAAACGCAAAGCGAUCCGGUAGCCCUCAAGAUUCACUUUGCACCGGUUUGCAUAUCAAACAGUAUCAUGAUCGUUGGUGCAUCGCUGGACGAAACCGUGCCGGUGCCGUGUCACGUAGCGGCCGAUCCGCUGGACGUGUCGUUUGAUUGGAACUUCUCCAACAGUGGCGAGCGGUUCGAGGUGGCCAGCGGCCAGUUCAAUCUGCUGCAGGAUUUCCACUCAGCCGACGGGGGCAUCACCCAGUCGCGCUACGACGCGGAUGAGGACAACUCAGAAACAAUCUACGAGCUGCUGUACACGCCGAAAAGCGAACGGGAGUACGGUACGUUGGCCUGCUGGGCGAAGAACUCCAUCGGCAAGCAGCUGGAGCCGUGUCUGUUCCAGGUCGUCCCGGCAGCCAAACCCGCCCCGUUGCGCAACUGCACGCUGAGACCGUACUCGACCCUCCUGCUGCCGGCGUCGGUGGCGCACGGACCGGCGAACGGUUCCGCAGCGUCAGCGGGCGCCACCUACUACUCGUACUACGCCGGGGGCGGCGGCGGCCAGCCCCGGGCCCCGGACACUAAUUACAUUGGACCACAAUUCGUUAAAGAUCGGAACGUGCCCGGCAGUGCCGGUAGCCUUCGGCGGCCGAAUGUAACAAAAUUUAAUCAGAAAAAUCCCGGCCCGGCGUCGACGAAACGUCAGCGAAACCGCAGCGGCCCCGGGGACGACGGGUUGGUGCGGCUGACCGCCGACGGAGCCCCCGGUUCGGCCCCGGAGUCACGCGAGCGGACGUCCAGCUCCUUGCUCAACAGCGCCACGGCGAUCCUGCUCGGGGAGAGCGCCUCGGCGAGCGGUGUGCUGGCUUCGGAGGCCUCGGAAGGGCGACCUACGGCCACCCGGACCCGUCGCCACGCAUCCGGUGCCUCGUCCCAUCGCGGUGGCGGCGGUGACGAUGUGACGCCAGGCGCGGGCGGUCGCAAUCAGCUGCAACGCAAUCCGGGGGGUGGUAGAAAUAAUUAUCCACCCAACGGUGACGAGGUGGCGGCGGCCAGUGCAGCGCAGCAGCAGCUGAGAUCGAAAGCGAUCCGAUCCGGAGCCGGGUCCGGAUUCGGCGGGUCGUAUGGCGGUGGCCACCACCAUCACCACCACUUCAUCGACCAGCAGGGGGCGGGCGGUGGACUGGGGUCGUUGGGAGGGGCCGCCGGCCCACCACCCCCCGGCCUGCCCGAGCUGCCCACCAUGAUGGAGCUCGAGUGCGUCGCCGGUUACGAUGGCGGCCUGCCGCAGCACUUCUUCCUCGAAGCCUACGACUCGCGGACGCGCAAAUUGCGCCUCAACAUCACAAGUGCCCUUAACGAUGUGCCGCUCUUCCGCAUCGACCUCACCGAGCUCAGCCCCGGUGACUCCUACACCCCGACCAUGCACCUGAUAGCGUACAGCGUGAACCAGAAAGGCCGCUCCGAGCCGACGAUCCUCGAGGACAUAGCAAUUAAUGAAGCAGAAAAACGGGCCGACGGGUCCGAAGGAUUUGCGAUCCUCCCGUUCGCUGCGCUUCUGACGGGCGCCCUGUUCACCAUCGGCAUCGCAGUGCUGCUGGUCGUCGUACUGGCCAUCCGGCGGAAACGGGACGGCCACGGCACGGGGCUUUGCGACGGCAAGGAGAAACACAUCGGAAUGGACAUCACCGUGACGACACCGCUCGAGAUGGGCAUGGGCCAGCAGAAGUACGUCGUCGCCUACACGCUCAAGCAGGGCGUCGAAAAGCAGCCGGACAUCCUGAAUGCGCAGAAAACCCAAGGCUCCGCCAGCGUUCCCUCGAUCAAGGAUAUGGGCGGCCGGACGGGCUCGCCGGUCGGUAUGCGGCCACCGGACGGCCCGGUCUACGCGGCCACCACUACGGGCACCGGUGCUGGGUAUGAUCAACAGAAAUCAACACCUUCCAGUCGGCAGAGCACCCUGAAGCGGACCGCAGACAGCACGGCCAACAGCUACAGCUUACUGCAGCAGCAACAGCAGCAACAGCUGACCGGCCCCAGCAAAUACUCCACGGAGCUGCUCGACUACGAGAAGCCCGACACGGCCCCGACGGCGGCGGCGACGGCGGCGGUGACAACUGCCGUCGGCGCGUACCAACACACACUCCAGUACAACCACAACCCGCCGCCCCUGGUCGACCCGUACGCGUACAAGAGCUCCCCGAGCGAGCUCCCCGGCGGAGGCUAUCGGUUGCCGGCGGCGCUGGGGACCGCCGACUUCCACCUGCAGCCGGACGUGGACUACCGGGCGGCUCACCACCCCAACAGUAGUAAAUCGGCCUCCGGCGGACCGGGCACUCAACCAGCGGUCGUUGGCCGCACAACAAACACGGGUCAAGCCGUGAACCCCGAGUACCGCUACUCGGGCUCCGAGUUUGUGACGGAUCUGCUCGACUUCAGCAGUGCACCGUCGCCAUCCUCGUCCCACUCACAUCCCGGCCUGGGGACGUCGACGCUGACGAAAAACCGAAACCGACAGCACAUCAUCACCGACACGCUGCCCGGCCCCGAGAGCUGCGUGUAG